UGCUUCUCUGCCUGCAGCACAACUUCACCAGAAGAUGGACAAAAGGCACUGGUGGUUCGCCUCCAAGCUGCAGGAGACCUUCCACUUCGGCGGCUUCGACAACCCCACGCUCCUGGAGGAUUUCCUCACGGACCCCGACGUCACCGAGCUCAUCAACUCCUUCCUCGCCCCGGGCGAGCCCCGCAAGCUCUUCUUCUACUGUGACGGGCCCACGCCGCUCAAGGAUGGGUCCAGCUUCAACUAUGUGACGUUGGCUCCGACCGUGUCCCCCCGCAGGCUCCACGCGACUUCUGAGCUCACUAGCGAAGCAUUGAACCGCGGGAAAGUUUGCCUUUACGUCCUCCGUGCAGACGCGAGCAACGAAGUCGAGCCGUCGCAGAUGGAACGAGAGCUGUUCUGCGGAGAGAUCCGUCACUCGGCGCUCUCCUCUCUCGCGGCGCUACUGUGCGAAGCCUACAACCCCCUCCUCCACUCGCAAAAGGACUGGGGCGAGUGCAGCGAGACUGCUGUCGCGAGCUUUUUGGAAACCUUCGAUCGGCAUUCGUCGGCUCUGCUGGAGACAGCGAGUCUCUCGCAGGCGCGGCGACAGCUUCUCCCGCGGCCGUCGGCGGAGCUGCAGGCGAUGCAGCAGCACAGGCGAACCAACGUCUUGAGUAUGGACAUGGUGGCGGAGUGCGAGGAGCUGGUGGGGGGGUGCAUCAACUACAUCGAGGGCCUUCUCCUUGAGGCCACAGACGAGAGGAUGGAGAACCCUCACUCAAGCCCUCUGUCAGAGGUGAGCAAAUGGCGACAGAGACACGGCCUCCUCACUGCAGUGGUGGAGCAGCUCAAGACCAAGGAAAUGAGAGGUGUCUUCACGCUCCUGGUGGCUGCCAAGUCCAGACUCCUCAAGAAAUGGAAGACCACCGACUCACAAUUAACAGAUGCCUUCAACACUGCUCGUGACCGUGUCAGAUAUUUGGAAAGUCUCUCUCCACAUUUGGAGGCACUGGAGGCCAGCCCCUCCCUCCCCACCCUCCUCUCCUCACUCCUCCCUGCCCUCGUGGCCGGCGUGAAGAAGAUGGAAGGAAUCUCCAGAGCCUUGGCUCGCUCAGGCUACCUCGGAAUCCUGUUUACCAAGAUAUCCAAUGCUAUUUUGAGGAUCUGCACAGCCAGUAUUAAGACCUACUGCACCAGGCAGGACGAGAAAGACAAAUUCUGGGACAUUCUAUCAUCAGUUAUUGAGGCCAAAGCAAAGAGUAACAAGGAGCAUCCUUUUCUCACUCACCUCUCCCUCUGUCUUCAGGUGGCGUCUCAUUUCACGGAGAGUCUCCACCAUGUCAGAGAUGUUCUCACUGCACAGCCUCUCUUCACUUUCUCUCACACUCCAACCGUCGCACGAUCCAGUGUCUCCCUCAGUGGAGGGCACAAGAAGACCUCAACCUCCACUGGCGACAAGACCAACCAACCGGCAGCUCCCGGCUCCCUUAAACUGACUCUGACUUCAGUUCCUCCUGGUGGUGCUGCCUCGCCCGGUAUUGUGACUGGAGUAGCUCUGACACACGUGGAUCAGAUCACGACAUGUCUCGGGGAAAUGAACUGCCGAGUAUCGCAAGUGAUGGAGAUUGUAUCCACGCUGGCACAGUUCCAGAGUAUAGUCGGCUCUCUCAGAGGUCUUCCUAGGGCAUCGGGACUGUGGGAGUCCGACCCCCCAUUUGUCAAGACCUCUUUAGAGGGGGAUAACGACAGGGACAUCCCCGUUCCGGAGGGCUCGGUGAAUGCCAGUGACUACUUGGAGCAGGUGUUUGCCAGGAACGAAUAUCCCUUGCCUCCUCUGAAAAGUGAGGAAACAGUGGAGAAACCAGAGAUUGCGAAAGAGGAGAGCUCUCCUGUUCCACGUCUGCAGCCCGAGACUGAGACCACACCCCCACAGAUUACUACCCCUCCCCCUCCUCCAUCUCCCGGUGACAGUAUAGCGGAGCACGUCUGGUGCAGAUGUACGGCCAUAUUCACUGCCCUGGUCUCGGAGUGUCCACGUGGAUCCUCUGAUGUGUUCAGUGUCAGCAGAGGACAAUCUCUAACUGUCUUUCCAACUGCCUACACCUCUUACACCACCCACGUCUCCUCUCUUGAAACAGACAUCUCCAACUACUUGGCGGAUGCAGUACCAAAGAUGCCGUCAUCUCUGUCUGCAUUGGACGUAAUUGAGAGGUUUUCUGGUCUCAGAGAGAGAGAAGUGAUAGGAAAGGCUCUCCAGUCAGCCACUUCUAGAGCAUUCACCAAAUACUCAGCUGAGCUUGAAGAAAUCAAGACAAUCUACGAGAAGCAGAAGGGUCGACCCCCUGUCUCCCCCUCUCUCCCUCCCAUUGCGGGAACGUUGUCAUGGGUACGAGAGAUGCUGGUCAGGGUCACCAAACCAAUGGACACCUUCAAGACAAAUUCUCGCAUCAUGCAAUCUGUGGCAUCUCUGGAGGUGUGCAAGCUACAUAACCAGUUGUCCACGGCUCUCCUGAUGCAAGACACGCUCCUCAUCUCUCGCUGGCACAUGGCCAUCGAGACAGCUACGAUGUCUCUGGGGUUGCCCCUCCUCGUUCAGGACCCCACCUGCUGCAGAGAGGGAGAGACAUCGCCUCGCGUCAGAGUCAACUUUACUCAGAGUCUGUUGGACGUGAUAGCGGAGUCAAAAGCUCUGGGAGUGGCUGGGGUACAAAUACCUCAAGUUGCUAAAGUCAUCCUUUCACAGGAGGUGAGGAUGAAGAGGUUCAGACAGAGUCUGGAGCAAGUGGUGGGUGACCUGUACUCAGCUCUGGACUCUCUGGAUGUCCCUCUCAGGACACUCCUCCUCUCACACAUCGACUACCUCCACAGGUGCCUUCUUCCUGGCUGCUCUACCAUCACGUGGAGCACUCUAAAUAUCGACGCGUACCUCCACCAAGCCACGUCGGCCGUGGCCUCAUUCCAGACCACCGUGUCCCGGAUCCGUUCCAUACUGGACGAUCACGUGUACUCUGUACUCCGAGACAUUGCGAAAUCCUCGCUCUACGACGUGGAGCUCGCCACCAGCAGGAAAUGGGCUCCUCGUGAUUUCUCAGACGCAAUGAAGAGCUCGGUGGUGAGGAGGAUGUCUGAAGUGAAAGAUGCUGUAGCGGGGAUCCAGAGAGCGGUCCUGGCGUGUAUCGAGAGUUCUCGGUCAACUAGAGCUAAUACCACCACUGCUAGUAGUCAAGGAGGGUGGAGAGAGAGGGAGCGGGGAUGGAGGGUCACGGGGGAUGUCGGGGAGGGAGGAGAAGCCACCCUCAGCUACGUCUGUGGACUGGUCUUCAAUGCAGUGACUGAAAAGGUGGCUCUCUCUCUCUGCCAGCUGAGCACGGGGCUCAGGAGGAAAAGAGGCGAAGGAGAUGGAGGAGUGGAAGAAUCUUCUGAGAAUCGCGUAAUUGGACAAUUGAGUCGAUCGUUUGUGGAUCUAUCCGGUCAGCGGACCGUGAGGUUUCAAGAUUCUCAAACUGUCGACAACCCGAGAGCUGUGUUGGCCGAGUUCUCUCACAGAAAUCGUUCCAAGUUCUCUGAAACUGUUCCUCAGUUGCAGCUGGAGGCCCGAGUCCUGCUGUCUGUUCCACGACUCCUCAUGAAACCACGUCUCUCCGAUAUUCACUCCCUCUUCUACCAGCUCACCUCUCUCCUCCUCUCCCUCCUCAACGAGCUGUGCUGGUGGGCGGGGCCAGGGGCGGGGCGAGAGUUCCUGGUCAUGUGGGAUGCCAGUGGAGCUGUGGCUCUCAUCCACUCAGAAAUAUUUGAGAGAUUCAGAGACCUGGAGCCAGUGGUAGACCUUGCCAUAUCGUCGCUGAGAGUCCAUGACUUUCUCUGGAGGGAAGACAUGCACGCAGCCUACCAGAGCUUCCUUCAGACCCAGCCCACUCUGGCAGCCUGCUGUCAGCACAUUGAGAGGCUUAGUGAUGUGGAGAAAGAGCUGGGGAAGAUCCCGGCACUAUUCAGCAUCGGUCCACUCCAACUCUCCUCUCUCCCAGUCACACACUCCCUGUCUGCCCUCACUCUGGCCUGGAAACUGACAUAUGCCUCAUUUCUUCACGAUCAAGCCCAGUCCUCCCUGGGACCUCUGGUGGAGAGUAGACGACGGAUGACCCAAACCCUCCAGCAGCCCGUGGAGACUCUGGUCCAGUUGAGAGACAUCCUCCAACUGCUGCUCGACAUACAAGACCUGCAGAGCUCCAUCCACGACCAGUACUCUCCCGUGGAGAACAUCUACUCUCUACUCCGACAGUACAUGGAGUCCUUGCCACGGAGCGAGGUGGUAGAGGUGGACUCGCUGAGAGGAGACUGGGAGGAUCUGGUGACACUAGCUGACACCACUCGCCACCUCCUCCUCCACGACCAGAGGCACAUCCACCAGAGGGAGACAGAGAAACAGGUGAGGGAGCUCCAAAUGGAGAUGAUAAAGUUCAGCAACAGUUUCGACACUGAGGGACCUCUGGUACCAGGACUCUCUCCACAUGCUGCCAUUCAGAGACUGGAGUCAUUCUCGCGGCAGUGUGAAGAGCUGGAGGCCCACCGACAGCUGCUGACAUCGGUCCAGACCCUCCUCUCCCUCCCCGUCUCCUCCUACCCCGAGCUGGACCAGACACGAGGCGAUCUCUUACAUCUCCACUCCCUCUACUCCAGCUACAGCCAGUUCCUCCAGUUUGACCAGCAGUUUCGCGGGACCCUGUGGCUGAACGUGCAGCUAUCGGAGGCGGAGGAGACUCUGGAGAGACUGUGGGAGGAGACCGCCCGUCUGCCUCCCGCCCAGCAGGAGUGGAGUCCGACCAUUCAACUGAGGGCUGACAUCUGCCAGUACAGAGACCUCCUCCCUCUCCUCGCACGGCUUCACUCUCGGGAGGUUCGCAACAGGCACUGGCUGCAGGUGAUGCGUGUCACCAACUGUACAUUUCAACUGGAGGGCUCCGCAUUCAGACUGUCGCAUAUCCUCGACGCCUCUCUCCUCUUGUAUGAGGAUGAGGUGGAGAAGAUAGUCAGAUGUGCACAGAGCGAACUGAAACUGGAGAACGAGUUUCACGCCAUUGAGGAGAGCUGGAACGAACAGGUGCUCCAGUUUGCCUCCUACAAAGGUUUAGGAGAGGUGCUACUGGACGUGGAUCACACCCACUCUCUCUGCGAGGGACUGGAGGGGGCGGGGCUAAGACUGGCCAGAAUGCUCGUCUCUGAUCAUGUGACCCACAUGAGGGAUGAUGUCAUGCAGUGGGCGGGGCGACUUGCCAGAGUUCACGACCUUCUAACCCAGUGGCUGGAAGUUCAAGAACUGUGGAGGCAACUGGAAUCCGUUUUCUUCUCUUCCUCCUCCUCUCUCUCCUUUCUGGACGAGACGACUCGUUUCAAGGCCCUCACCUCCUCGUGGGUGGAGCUAAUGUCCUCCGCCCGGGUGUCACCGGGUGUGGUGGAGUGUUGUGAGAGUGGGGAGGAGGGGAGAGGUGCCACCCUCCUCCGACUGAGUCAGGAACUGGAACUCUGCAAGAAUUCCCUCUCCCCAUACCUCCUCUCAAAACGACAGGCGUUUCCGAGGUUUUUCUUCCUGACUGACGAUGCCCUGCUAGACAUUCUCUCCUCGCCUCUCUCCCCCUCUUCCCUCGCUCCCCACCUCCCCUCCCUCUUCACCAGCACACGCUCACUCCUCACACCCUCACCUCCAUCCACUGCUAACGAAGGGGAGAACCCUCUAAUUAUCACGGCAGUGGAAUCAGAAGAACUUGAGCGACUGGACCUGAAUCAACCAGUGACUGUGUGUGGAGAGGUGGAGGUGUGGCUGUCUCUCCUCCUCUCCUCCAUCCGUUCCUCCCUCUCCUCCCUCCUGGCCUCCUCCCUGGGCACCGAGGACCUCCUCCAACCGCACCUCCCCUGCCAGAUUGCCUCUCUCAACCUCUUCCUCAAAUGGACCUCUGACACAGAGCUGGCUCUGUCCCAGUGUCGCUACGACAAACGAGCUCUCCCAGGGCUGAGGUCAAAGUUCACCACCUCUGUCGUGGGGAAACUGACGCACAUGUUGAUGAGAAGUCGUCGCAAGGCCGGAGACCACACCUCGUCGUCUCAUCAUCAUCAUCUUGUUCUUCCCUGCCAGCAGCUGAGACUACAGGCUAUGACUGCAUUGGCGGUGUGGUUGAGGGACGUAACAGACAGCCUGUGUCACCACACCGUUCAUAGUGGGGCAGACUUUGAGUGGCAGCGCUACCCUCGCCUCUACGUGUCUCCAGACUCCGCCCACCCCGACACGCCCCCCUCGCCACACCCCCAGAUUGAGCUGAGGUGUCUUCACAUGAGAAUGGGGUAUGGGUUUGAGUACGCGGGAUGUCGGGCCCUCCCUGCCUUCACCUCUCGAAUGAACAACUACAUGAUAUCCCUCAUGCAGGGAAUGGAAUCGGGACUGCACAGUAUGGUAUCGGGACCGCGUGACUCGGGGAAGGAGGAGGUGGUACGCGGAGUGGCCCAGCUGAUGGGGAGGUUCCUGUUCGUUUAUCACUGCACCGCCCACUCAGACACUCACACACUAGCUCGUGUCAUGGAGGGUCUUGCACAGAGUGGAGGCUGGGGCUGCCUGAGUGAUAUUCACUCCCUCCCACGGAGUACUCUGAGCGUCGUGUGCCACAUGGUCGAAGCUGUUAGCUCCGCUCUUCAAGACAAACUGACUACCUUCAAGACACCAUCUGGCAGAGAGACUCAGCUGAAACCAGGAAUGCUGGUAGUGUUCACCUCGACAGGCCACACCCCCUGGCCCCUCCCACCCAGUCUAGCUCCGAUAUUCCGCACCUUUCGUCUCCCUUCGCGGGACCCCGCCCUCUUCCUCCUGGCCCGCUGCACAGCUCUCGGACUGCGAUCCCCCCGUCAGCUCUCCUGUAAACUGGCUUCUCUUCAUCACAUGGCCAACAGUCAGCUAGACACAAGGCUGCCUCUCCACACCAUCUCCCAAGUCUUGACAGAACUGGUGUCUUCCCAAAGAACCAGGCUGGUAGCAGGCCACACCCACCACAUCAAGUCCGACGCUGGCGUCGCAGGAGGCGGAGGAAAGGGUGUGGAGGAACACUGUUCACAUCGUCAGAUGACUAGUCGCUCCUCACCAGUGAAGGAAGCACACACAGGGCAGAAGACAAUCUCGCUGGUGACCACACCCCCUUUCACCCAGCCCCUCCCACCCUCCGCGGCUCGAGAGCACGCCGCCGUAGCUCAGCUGACAUACUCCCUCCUGGCUCCUCGCUUCCCUUCUCAGGAGCGUGCAGUGUUUCUGGAGAUGGUGAAAUCCACCUUCGCUCUGGACAGCUCUGUUGUACUGACACCCCAUCAGCUGGUGGGUGUGGCCAGCCAGACACAGACCCCACCCACUUCCUCUGCAACAGGAAAUGAUCCAGGGAUCGAAAAAAUUUUGCCCACAGUUGCGAAAAAGGCGGGGCUAGUUGCCACGGAUACCUGGUCGGCAAAAGUGAAAGAGAUACUUUCGAUAGUCCAGCUAACAAGACGACACUUAAUGCUAACUGGUGAGGCGGCUUCGGGAAAGACCACCGCUCUCAACACAGCUGCGGCCACACUCAACGCUCUCCCGUACCAGAGGUCAAAGGUCGAAAUUCACCGGGUGUUUCCCGGGGUGUUUGAUGACGUCUCGACUCUGAUUGGUCGGUUCUCUCCUGGCGGAGUCUGGGAGGAUGGAGUGGUCAUCUCUCUAGUCAGGAGAGGACUCAAGGCCUCUUUGUCGUCAAUGUGGGCGUGUCUUGAUGGAACUCCGUCUGAAUCCUGCCUUCAUCCCCUCACUGAACUCCUCUCUGGCUCCAAUACUCUGACCCUGCCGAGUGGCGAGAGAGUGGUGGGCGGGGCCGAGUCUGGUCUGAGACUGGUUAUGGAGACUGGGAACCUGAACACUGCCACUCCAGCCUCCCUACACACCUGCGGUGUGGUGUUCUUUGGCUGUGAUGUGUUGUCAUGGAAACCGCUGAUAGAGGUGUGGCUUCGUUCUCGUCACGGGAAGGAGAGGGCGUGUCUGCGGAAACAGUUGCCAUUGUUCAUGGGUCCGGUGGCAGCAAUGGUGUGUGGAGGAGACAGGGGGAGACGCUGCUGGCACAGCGAGGUCGGACUGACACAGACCUGCCUGGCCUACCUCUCGUCUCUCCUGAAUAUCUACAGUGAGACUGCCGAGUCGUUUAGUCAGAUACAUGUGUUGAGACUUCUUGUGUUCAGCAUCAUAUGGAGCUUUGGUGCUGUCCUGGAACCAGGUGUAGAGAGAGAGGACUUUGGACGUCUCCUCAAAUCCCUCACCAACAGUCUCCCGGAUGACGACACCGUCUACUGUGUGUUUGACUACCAUGUGGACGAGAGUGGGGAGUGGGACACGUGGCAGACUAGACUUCCUUCUCCUCGCACCAGAGAGACCACACCCCCUCCCGUGGACCUCCUGGGGGGUGUUCAUGUCGAUACCACUGACACUGUGAGAGUGGAACUGUUGCUGGAUCUUUCCCUCUCGGCUGGAAGGAAUGUGAUACUAACAGGUCCCCGUGGCUCAGGCAAGACUUCCGUCUGCAAACACUUCCUCCAGGCCAGGGCUCUGAGUCAUGUGACCAGUGAGGGGGUGUGUCACCUCAGUCUGGAUGGCCACGCCUCCUCGUCAUGUCUCCAUCGCUUCAUGGAAGUUCACAUGCACCACAGCCAAGGUUCCACGUACAGACCACAAGACCAGAGAACUCUGCACCUCUUUAUCGACGACCUCCACCUCCCACUACUGACCACACCCACUCUACAAGAAGCCACACCUCCCUCCACACACGAGUACUUGCGGCAGCUGAUGGACAGCGGUGGGGUGUACUCACUAGGAAAGCCCAACACUCUGUCUACCAUUGAAAACCUCUCCAUCUUCACCGGAUUCACCACAACCUCCUCCUCCUCACCCUACCUCCCCUCCCCUCGCCUCCUCCGACAUUUCUCCAUCGUUACCCUCCCCGAGUUGACCGGAGCUCCCCUGACUACAAUACUCACUGACAGCCUCAGGUCGCACUGUGCCGGGAGGGCGGGGCUGGAGGCGGAGUCAGGUGGCCUAUCGUCUGUUGUAGAGAAGACUGCUGCAGUUUUUCUUGAAGUGAGAGAGUCCCUAACACCCUCUGACUUGCCCGGGAGACGACAUUACUUCUUCUCUCUGUCCCACAUUGAAUCUGCCUUCCAGGGGCUCUACCACUGCCUUGGUUCCAGUUCUCGUCCCAGUGUGGGUCUCAGCUGGUACCACGAGAUUACUCGCUCCCUCACUGGCCCUCUCUGCCACUCCACCGAUCGCGACUGGCUCAACUCUCUCAUCAACAGCAUUGCUGAAACGUUGCCAGGUGGACUGCCGAAGCCACUCCCAGUCUGUCUGUCUGCCAUUCCUCUGGAGAUCAAACAGGGGGAGGAGCAACCACCUCUGGAGACCACACCCAUCAAUCAACUCGUUGAGCUGGAGCUCCACCCAGUGAUUGAUUGUUACGACAUUGAGGGGACGCUGCAUCAAUACCUGAUGAGGGGUAGCUGUAUUCUGUGUGGUCCUGGAGGUCAACAGCUCCACUCCCUGGCCAAGUUCUCACUCUACCUCGCCGGAUACCAGCUGCACACUCUGGACUCCUCCUCCCUCCCCGCAUUCUGUUCCAGUCUCAGGGCCCUGUUCCGUAGGACCGGUCUGGAACGGAAACCAAUAUCAGCCAUCCUCACAGAGGAGGACAUGGAGAAAGUAGGAGUUCUGCAGGAACUGAACUCUCUCUUUGCCACCGGCGAACUCCCUUCCCUCUUCUCCAACGACGAAAUGAGCGGAAUUCUUCACGCUCUGGGUCCGUCCAUCAAGAGAGACUUUCCCAGUGAGGACACUCAUCCGAUGCAGUAUUUCACCGCACGCAUCGCACGCUACUUUCGCCUGGUCAUGUGUGUCUCUCCCUCCUCUACCCUCUUCACCUCCCAGUCACAG